AUGGACUCCUCCGUAGAAUUCGAGGAGUUUCCACAGCCUGCACCCUCUCAACUGGCCCUAUUACAGAUCUACACAGAUGUGUUAGAGGGCAACGAUAUUCCAGGAACAGCAGCAAAACGGAUUCAUAACUGGGUGCUAUCGGUGCCAGAGAGUGAUAACUCCUACAACACAUACUCCGCCUAUUACGAAGUGCUCCGCGUGUUGUUCUCAGGAGCAAGAGCACUCUCAUCUCGGAAACAACUCCAGAUCCUGGCGGAUCUCACUGUGGAACUCACAAAACUACCCAAUGUUUACAACAAUACAGACGACCCGAUAGAGAUUACACAAAACAAUACACCCAAAUCGAUAGAAUGGGGAGAAGGUCUCCUCGUCGUAUCCGGACUGCCGGAUUUUGUUGCGUGGAUCGAGGACGAUCUCAAUGGCGGGCCACUUCAGUUUCGUCCUCAAGACACUGAGGUUGUCGGCCUUGGUGGUCAGCAGCAAAUAUCUCGCAUAGCCGAAGGCCGAUACACCAACAUCAACACGUUCGCUGCUCUGAUUGCACGACAACACCCCCCGCAAGGAUCUCCUUUGUGUAGUUGUGUCGAGUUCGCCUUUGCCACGUUCGCUUUUCUAGAACACGGCCCUAAUACGAACUAUGAUAAAGAGGCACACCUCACCGUUCGAGCAGCAGCUACCUGGUUGAUUAUUGCAGGUGAAGAAUUGGUGGCUUCAGGAUCGCCUUCCACCAAGUAUGACUAUACUUCCAGGACUGGCAGUUUAUGGGAGGCCGAGGGCGGUACCAACGCAGUGGAUGACAAGCGACUGCGGUUCUGGAAAGACAGGUUUCAGCAGAUCCGAGAAUCUGGGAGACUUGUGAGCCAAGAGGCUGUGGAUGCCACGAUUGAGGCUGCGGCAGUCCUCGAUAGGUUGAUUGCUGCGCAAGGUUGA